AUGACUUUUGCAUCCUGGAAUGUUCGGGGGUUGGCAGGGACUGGAAAAUUGAGUAUAGUCAAAAAUUUUAGAAAGAAGUUCAAUGUGCAUGUGCUAGGCUUAAUAGAGACAAAGAAAGAGGUGAUGACUAAAUUUGAGGUUGUGCAGUUGUGGGGUAAUGAUGGAGUGGGUUGGGAGUUUGUGGAGGCAGAAGGUGCUUCUGGCGGCCUGUUAUUGAUGUGGGAUAACACGGUUUUUAACUUAAGUAGUUGCUAUAAAGGCGCUAGGUGGCUAUGUGUGGAUGGAGUGCUGUUAAAGAAUAAUUUUCGGUGUGCGUUCUGUUUGGUGUAUAGUGAACAUGAUAGGGAGGAAAAGCUUGUAGUGUGGGAAGAGCUAAGCUUCUUGUCCGGUUUAUGCCAGAUACCGUUCUGUUUUAUGGGGAAUUUUAACGAGAUUGUUCAAAUGGAAGAACGACUGGGGGCCACGUCUCUGCCAAGGUCUGCAGCAGAGUUUAAAUCUUGGGUUCAUGAUAUGGAGUUGAUGGAUCUAGUUUCAUCUGAUAGGUGGUUCACAUGGUUCCAGGGCCAAUCAUGUAGUCGUAUUGACAAGGUCUUGGUUAGUUUGGAAUGGUUGGAAGAAUUUCCUGAAACAAGGUUACGAGGAGGUCCAAGAGGGUUGUCAGACCAUUGUCCAAUGAUUAUGAACGUAACUAGGUUGGGAGGGGAGCCGAGACCGUUUUGGAGCCUGGAUUCAUAG